UGGCGUCAUACAUCAAUCAUCCUCAGUCGGUGCGGCGCAAGCGCACAUCCCAUCGCAUAUUUUCUAGCCCAGUUCAGAGAUCGGAUUGCCGUUGGGGAGGUCUGGAUGGCUUUGUGACGUGUAGGUAUUUAAGUCAUUGGGGUCCCCUCUGUUGUCUCUCAAGAUUCUGGGUGGCAGUUCAACACCACGCCAAGCAUCGCCAACACAAUUGACGAGCUAUCAAUUACCUGACCUCCAUCUGUUCCACCUUGGGUCCAUAACUGAAGCCAUGUCUUUGGCACGUCAUGUUAACCCGGAUGAAAUUAUCAAACGCCUCCACUGCGCCUCGCUUUCGGAGCAGGACGGCGAUGACGACCCGCGGAGCGAGGCCGCCGUCAGCCACCUGACCCCCUACACGUCGCGCUAUGCCAGCCAGGUCAGCCUGCCCAAGUUCAAGAUCCCCAAGCAUGGCGCCGAAUCAGACACGGUCUACGCCAUGAUCCGGGACGAGCUUGACCUCGACGGCAAGCCCAACCUAAACCUUGCCAGCUUUGUCGGCACAUACGUCGAGGAGACGGCCGAAAAGCUCAUGGUCGAAAACAUGGCCAAGAACCUCGCCGACUCGGACGAGUACCCGGCAAUGAUCGCCAUCCACCAGCGCUGCGUCAGCAUCCUGGCCCACCUCUGGGGCGUACAGGAGGGCGAGAAGGCCAUCGGGAGCGCCACCACGGGCUCGUCCGAGGCCAUCCAGCUCGGCGGCCUGGCCAUGAAGCGCCGGUGGCAGGAGCGGCGCCGGGCCGAGGGCAAGGACGCGAGCCGCCCCAACAUCCUCAUGGGCGCCAACGCCCAGGUCGCGCUCGAGAAGUUUGCGCGCUACUUUGACGUCGAGGCCCGCAUCCUGCCCGUCUCGGCCAAGAGCCACUACCGUCUCGACCCGGACCUGGUGCGGGAGAAUUUGGACGAGAACACUAUCGGCGUCUUUGUGAUCCUGGGCAGCACCUACACGGGUCACUACGAGCCCGUCGAGGAGGUCUCCAGGGUACUGGACCGCUACCAGGCCGAGACGGGCAUCGACAUCCCGAUCCACGUCGACGGUGCCAGCGGGGCCUUUAUCGCCCCCUUUACGCAUGCUGGAGCUGGCGGUCCCAAGUGGGACUUUCAUCUUCCCCGGGUUAAAUCCAUCAACGCUUCUGGGCACAAGUACGGCCUGGUGACCGCCGGUGUGGGCUGGAUCGUGUGGCGCGACGAGUCCUACCUGCCAGAACACCUCAUCUUUGAGCUCCACUACCUAGGCGGGACCGAGCAGUCCUUCACGCUGAACUUCUCGCGCCCGGGGGCCCAGGUCAUCACGCAGUACUACAACCUCAUCCACCUCGGCUUCGACGGCUACCGCAACAUCAUGGAGAGCUGCCUGGCCAACGCGCGCCUGCUCUCAAAGAGCCUCGAGGCCACGGGCUGGUACACGUGCGUGUCGGACAUCCACCGCCCUGCCAAUGACUCCGGGUCCCUGCUGUCGCCCACCUCUACGAAGGGAGGCGAUUUCCACAUCGAGGAGGCACCCAAGUCGCCCUCGUCGGUUGGCGGCGAGCGCCUGCCAUACGACGAGGGCUCGGCGGGGCACACCAUCGAGAGCCUAGCGCAGAGCGUCAAGACCAUCAUCACCAAGCCGCCCCUCGGCAAGCGGAACGGGGGCGGCAGCAGCAGCAGCAACAGCGGUAAAGACAAGGCCAACGACAGUCACGGCAACCGAGGCGGCGGCGGCGGCGGCGAGACGUCGGCCGACUACGUGGCCGGCCUGCCAGUAGUAUCCUUCCACCUAUCGGACGAGCUCAAGCGCGAGUUCCCGCACGUGCGACAGGAGACGGUGUCGCUGCUGCUGCGGGCGCGGCAGUGGAUCGUGCCCAACUACGCGCUGCCGCCGGGCGAGGACGGCACCGAGAUCCUGCGCGUCGUGGUGCGCGAGAGCUUGUCGCUCGACCUGCUGGACCGGCUCGUGUCGGACAUCUGCGAGGUGACGCAGAAGCUGAUGGACGACGACGAGGUUGACCUCGACAUCCUCAGGCGCGGGCGGAACCACCAAGACCACCCGCGCGCCGGGGGAAAGGAGAAGGAGAAGGGGACGCCCGAGGAGUGUGAGAGGGCGAGACGGGAGAGGAGGGGGGGGAGGAAACAUAGGAUGGCGGAUGGGAUUCACAGGUCUGUUUGCUGAGCGGGUUGGCGAUGAUGACGGUUCGAACAAGGUUGGAACAGCUAGCAUGGCGGUUUCGAGAUUGGCUACUGAGGUACAAUAAAUCACUCCCAAACUACUGCCUGCUCUAUGCCCUGUUCCUCCCCUGCGCUCCAGCCCUCGCAGCGCCACCCCCAGUCCUCUGUGUCGCAGCACCGCCAGCAGCACCGCCAGCAGCGGCGCCGCCACGGCCACGACCAGCACCAG